AUGACCGCCCAACGGUCCUCUGCGGGUCGCCUGCGCUCGAAGACGUCUGACAUCUCGGAUCUUAUUCGCGGCACCAGUCGCACCGACCCGAGGCAGUCAGAGGUCCCAGCCGCGCCCCCCGUCUCGACCCUCCCUCCUUCCGACACCGAUGGGGCGUCCAAGCCAAAGCACAGGCUGUCUUUCUUUGGGCGCAGGCGCAAGUCCAGCUCUGUUUCCCCUUCGUCGGCCAAGUCCGCGGAUGCGAGGACUCGCUCGGACGAAGAGGCGCCUCCACCGGUGCCGAAGCUCGAGAUGGGCAGAUUGUCCACCAGUAAAACUCCUGCCUCCACGACCGCUGCUUCCCCUAUCAGCUCCACUCCGCUCAUUUCUUCUCUGCCCCCAGUUAACGUUUCCCCAAGCUCAAUCGGCUCUCUCUCGCGGGUACCUCCAGACUCUCCACGACGACCUACUGCUACGCAUUCUGCCAUCCCCACCCUCCGCCAUCUCCGCCCGCAAAAGUCCACGUCCUUCGAGUUCAGUCGCCGUAGCCGCGAUGACUCUCCCCGCCCGUUGCCCCGCCAGAGUGGCGAGCGUCCAACCAUCACCGUCUCUCCGCCGCCGCAAAGUGCCGAAGAGCACGACCCCCGCGUAUACACUACACCGCGCAGUGCGCCGUUACCACCAGCGCAGCACGCUGCGCCCUCGCGUGCUCAGCCAGACACACCCCGCGCGCAAGGCCAGGGUUUGACGCGCCUCCGAGGUGCACCCCCGCCGCCGGAGCAGCAUACGGAGCUGAGCACAGACGACGUUGCGUCGAGCCGUACGAGCAUUAGCAGUACGUCGAGCACGCGCGAGACGCUUUCUGCGCUUGCGCGCAGCGGACGCUCCAGGUUCCAGCGGCACGCGAGCGCUCUUCCUCUCAGUCUGUCCAAGCCGCGGAAGGAUAGCGAAGUCGGGCGAGACCAGGAUAAGCCCCGAGACACAGAUGAAGACAGGGGCAAGGCGGACAAACGCAGGGAAACGCAUGCGUCUGCCAAUACGACUCCUCAUGUCAACUCGUCGCCGCCAUCCUCGUUGCGCAGCCGUAUACCAGCGUCGCCAUCGUCUUCACAGUCGAGCCUAAGCCUGCGCAAGGCGCCGCCUCCGCUACUCACCAACUUCCGCCGAGGAGCACGCACGCAACCGCCGACGGAACCACUGCCAAGUCCACCAUUAUCCGCACCUCUGCGGACUGCGACGGAGGACGCGGCGCAUAUGGCUGCGCUACCGACGAUCCCGUCGCUCGCAUCGCGCAUGUCCGUCGGCGAGGUGCACCAGCUCGUGUUCCGCCGGCGAACGGACACAUUGUCAAGCCGCACGUCAACUAGCACGGGCCGCGCCGACGGUGUGUGCAUGGCAGACGAAUCGCCCGUCACGCCAACCCGCGCAGAAGUUCUGCGCGAGCAGGCGGGUAAUGGGGCAGCGGCGGCAGAACCCGGGGACGCAGCGACGGUCGAGCAGCUGCGCGAGGCCCUCAGCGCAGCGCAUGCAAAGUACCAACGCCUGUCGUCGUACCUGCUCACGCUCUCCGAGCGGCAUGCGGUGGAGAAGAACGAGCUUAUGCGCCGCGUCGAGGUGCUCGAGCGGGAUGCGCGCAAGCGGGAACGCGAGAUCACAGGCCUGCGUUGGCUCGUCAUGCACGCUGGGCAGCGCGGUGGUGCAGCGGGUCCCGGUGCCAAUGGCGAGUCUCCGCGCCCGGCGGCGGUGACACGCCUGCGAUCCGGGUCGAAGUCAUCGGCAGGGAGCCCGCGCACGGGCGGCGGGCCCGGGAGCCCCGGCGACGGCGUGCAGCGCGGGUUUUCGAUGGACUCGACGGUGGACAGCAUGGAGGAGGGCUUGUUUGAGAUGCAGAACUCGGUGUCGGAUCUCAUCGCGCCGCUUGCGCCGAGCCCGCCGCAGUCGGACGCGAUCGCAAGCCCAGUGCCAGUGCCAGUGCCACGGAUGAGUCCGGCGUUGCGCGCGAGCAUGACGCUGGGUCAUGGACAGGGCGCAGUGCAGCCGCGGAUGCGACGCGCACACACGUUGCCGGAUGGGUUGACGCAAUUCCCGACGGUCUCGCAGAAGCAGAAGCAGAAGCAAGCUUGGCGGACAAGCUCGCCCGUACUGCCAACAGGACUCGGGAUCGGUGUCGAUAUCCCGUCGAUCCCGUCGCUGGCGGACUCGGAUGUGGGGCAUAUCACGCCCGCCUCGUCCUCGUCGGGCUCGGCGAUGUCCUCGAUUCCACCGCUCACGGCAGCGAACACCGCGUCGUCAGGCUUAUCGGCGAUACCAGAAAGCCCACGGAGUGCGCGCCAGAGCUCCGACACACAGAGGACAGAACGCGCUCAACAGGAAUACGGCGACAAGAAAGAGGAAGAACGCACCUCACAUGCCUCUGAGUCCAUGUCCACAUCCUCCACGUUUGGGUCUUCGGCGUACACAAGUAAGCUGCCGCUAGCCAUGUCGCCAUCCAUCGGCCAGGUUCUCGACACCGCCACUGAAAAGGAUUCCGGCAUGGAGGUCGUCCUGCGAAAACUGCGGGCCUUCGCGCCCAGCUAA